AUGCUACAGCAAAUGAGGAAUGGCACAGAUGUUGAAGACAAUCAGGGUGAAGGCAGAGGAGUUCCAGCCUCACUGCGGUUCAAAGAACCUCCUCAAAGUAGCUUCAAGAAUUCCAAAAACAGGCAGCAAAUAUUGCAACAGGUAAGCAUAUGGGUAAAUCGAGUGCUUGAUAUGGGUGCACCGAAUUUGGUGCACGAGUUCCGCGACUUACGCAGAUGGAUGCCAGAAGGGAUGACCGCAAAGGCUUUUUCGGAAAAUCGUCCACUUAAUAGGUAUGUUGACGUGCCUUGUCAAGAUUUUCGUCGUGUUAUUCUUAAAUGGCCCGGAAUCGAUAACGACUAUAUCAAAUUAUGUGAGCACACCAUAACCUCAGCAAAGAUCAUGCAAUUUCAUUGUACUCAGGUAUCUGCAUAA